AUGGCAGAAGCUGAUUAUAAUGAUCAUCUAGAGAACAUGGAAAGAUCAGCUCAAACUCAAACUGAAAGGAGGCUGCUAAACCCAGCAGCCUCGGAGUUCUUUCCCCAAAAUCCGUCUUUUAUUUUCCCCAUCAUCACCACUACUACCGAUUAUCAUAAUCAUUAUUUUCAAACCUUCCUUCACCCGCCGCCGCCGCCUCCGCCGCCUCCGCCGCCUCAGCCCUUUCAAAUGUCGGCGCCGGCCGUUGAAGCCCGAGACCAUCAUCAUCAACACCACAAUCGGACGGCUGUGGUUGUCACUGAUCAUCAAAGUCGACACGAUCAUCGUCAUGAUCAAGAUGAUGAUCAGUCUAGGGCUAGAAAUAUUAAUAAUUACUGGCCGCCGAGAUCAUCAGUUUUUGGGAGGAGAGGAAGCAGUGCUUUCUUCGGUCGGAGCAGGAAUAUGAAUAAUAAUAACAAUAUUUCAAUGCAGAGGCGAGUUUUGAGGGAAAAAUUGGGUGCGAGAAAUUAUGAGGUUAAACAACAACAUUGUUCGUCUUCCGAGGUAUUACCAGCGCCUAAUCUCAUGCAUGGAAGUGCCAAUGACACCACCGUUAUGAUCCGGAAUAUUCCUAGUAAAUACACGCGUCGGAUGUUGUUGGAUUUUCUCGACAACCAUUGCAUGCUUCAAAAUCAAAGGGUUGUCAACAAUAAUGCUGCUGGAGAAAAUGAUCAACAUCCAAUAAUAUCGGCAUUUGAUUUCUUGUAUUUGCCUAUGGAUUUCAGAACCGAGCUAAACAAAGGAUAUGCCUUUGUCAACUUCACAAGCCCAGAGGCUGCUUCCACGUUUUCUGAGGCCACCAACGGUCAGACGUGGGACCAUUUCCACUCCUCUAAGAUAACAAGAAUAGCUCGAGCCAAAUUUCAGGGAAAAGAUAAAAUUGUGAGAUAUUUUGAGAGCGUGGCGUUUCCUUGUGAAAAGGAAGAGUUUUUACCAGUUUGGUUUAGCCCGCCGCGUGAUGGGACCAAUAAGGAGUCGGUGACACAAACGACUGUUGGGAAGCUCAUUGGAAUUAGAAGCUAA